UCUUUUCUUUUUUUCUAAUAAAGGUCAGUGUACUGCCCCACAUAAAAAACAUCAAAAGAUCGCAAUUUAAUUCGACUGUUUGACCAUAAUAGUUUUUAUCUUCUUCGUAUUACAGUGUGGAGCUUAGCAAACUAAAGAAUUGUGUUGUCGACGUGAUGAUGGUCUGCAUGGGAGAUUCACUGCAAGAAAGUCAGGUCAGAGAUGUCGUUGACAUGACCUUCACGGAAAAACAGCAGUGUCUGGAUGGUUCUAUGGAAAUUCCCACCAUGCCGCCAACCAGUGGAUCAAUUUGUUCAGCAUCAUUUAGCAGUGAUGCAGACACUUGCGUUCGAUCCUUUCACCAAAAAUUUGCCAAGGACAAAUCAGAUCCCGCUCUUUGCUCGGAAAAUGCCAAAGCAAAGAGGUGUUUAAAGAACCUGAUAGAUUCUGACUGCAACUUCCCCACCUCGGCCAAGGAAGUGCUAGAAUUAGGUUACAGUGACUACAAUCCUUUCUGCGCAAGCAAUCGGGAUCCUGGGGCCACCGGAAAUGAUCAGUGCGAUGGCGUGCAGGAUAAGAGCGGUGAUGCAUUGAAAUAUUUCAAUGCAGCCGCUGGAAUCAAGUCCGGUGUGCUGCAGACGCUGAUGUUUGCUUUUUUUUUGUUGUUUUUGUUUUUUAAAGUUUAGAAGGCUUUAGCCCCUUGUUUGUCUUGAGUUACAGAAGAGUUUCUAGACUUAGAAUGGUUAAAAUGACACAUGACACUUGUAAGAGGCGUGUUUCAAUAAAUUGUUUGCGUUAAUUU